UAAACAGACAGACAUGGCUCCGCCCCCUUGAGCUGUAGCUCAACUUUGUGCGGCUUCACUUCUUCUUCAUGUCAGGACGCUCUUCUUGUGCUCUUCUCCCAACAUUUGUACUCCCCUUACGGACAGGAGAGGCCUGCCUCCACAGGGAAGUCACCCCCGCUGUUUGAGACUUGUUUGAGGUCGGAGGACACCUUCUUUGCGGGACAUUUCAAGUCGAAGAAGACGCAAGCAACCUGGCGGAGGAAGAGGGCGUUCUAAGCUAAAAAUCACCAUGGACGUUCCCGGUAUGCAGAGCACUCAGAUUGAUCCAGAAAAAUUAUUCACCAAACUGGACCGAAUUGGCAAAGGCUCCUUUGGAGAGGUGUUCAAAGGCAUCGACAAUUCCUCACAGAGCGUGGUGGCCAUCAAGAUCAUCGACCUGGAGGAGGCAGAGGAUGAAAUUGAGGAUAUCCAGCAGGAGAUCACAGUGCUGAGCCAGUGUGACAGUCCUUACAUCACCAAGUACUAUGGCUCCUACCUCAAGGGCAGCAAACUGUGGAUCAUCAUGGAGUACCUUGGUGGAGGUUCUGCACUUGACUUGCUGCGUGCAGGUCCAUUCGAUGAGUCCCAGAUUGCCACCAUGCUGAAGGAGAUUCUGAAGGGUCUGGACUAUCUCCACUCAGAGAAGAAGAUCCACAGAGACAUCAAAGCCGCCAACGUUUUGUUGUCGGAGCACGGCCAGGUGAAGCUGGCCGACUUCGGGGUGGCUGGUCAGCUGACCGACACGCAGAUCAAGCGGGAGACCUUCGUGGGGACGCCCUUCUGGAUGGCGCCAGAGGUCAUCCAGCAGUCUGCAUACGACUUCAAGGCGGACAUCUGGUCACUGGGCAUCACCGCCAUUGAGCUCGCCAAGGGGGAACCGCCCAACUCUGACAUGCAUCCAAUGAGAGUCCUCUUCCUCAUUCCUAAGUCUCCGCCCCCCACGCUGAUUGGCGACUUCUCCAAGAGCUUCAAGGAGUUCACCGAGGCGUGCCUCAACAAGGACCCCGCCUUUCGUCCCACCGCCAAGGACCUGCUGAAGCACAAGUUCAUCGUCAAACACUGCAAGAAGACGUCAUACCUCAGCGAGUUGAUUGACAGGUACAGACGGUGGCGAGAGCAGGGACAUAGCGACAGCAGCUCUGAUGACUCAGACAGCGAGUCCAGUGACAAGAAGGACAGCGACUCUCCCGAGUGGAGCUUCACGACGGUCCGCAAGAAGAAGAACGAUGGCCGGCCGCUCAUCAAUGGACAGGAUCAGCAGAGUGCGUCCUCCAGUCUGUCCAGCAUCAUCUCACCUGUCUUCACUGAGUUGAAACAGCAGCAUAAGGAACACUCUGAGCAGCGACUGGCCAUUGAGGGGCUGGAGCGCAACAUCCGAUUGGCCGAGGACAUGUGUCCGGGCAUCACAGACAGGAUGGUGACGCGCAUCAUAGCCAGGUUCAACACCAACUGAGGACUCUGGAAGUGUACUGAAUGAAGAGAGACUGGGUCUCAGCACGGAGACUUGCUGUGCAACGUCUCCACACACACACACACACACACACACACACAUCA